AUGGCUAUUUGCGAUUCUAACUACUGCUUUAGAGUAAUUGAUGUGGGUUCUUACGGGAAGGAGAGUGACUGCAAUGUCUUCAAAACAUCUGCUUUUGGCAAAAAAAUUUACAUGAACAGAACAAACUUUCCUGCUAAUCAAUGCUUACCAAAUGACAAUCUUGGUAUACCACUACCAUUUGUGUUAAUGGCUGAUGAAGGAUUUGCUCUGCAUAAGAAUUUAUUAAGGCCAUUUCCAGGAAGAAGUUUAAAUGACCAGAGAAGAAUAUUUAAUUACCGAUUAUUUAGGGCCCGUCAGUAUAUUGAAUGUUCUUUUGGUAUUAUGUCAAAAAAGUGGAGGGUUUUCCAGACCAGCAUGCUUGUAGAACCAGAAACUGCGGUUAAUAUUACAAGAGCCUGCUGUAGUGUACUUCAUAAUUUUAUGCGACGGUGUGAUGGGUUUAACUCUGAAGACACCCAAAGUUCCAUGGAAAGCAUAACUGAAAGAAGAGGAGUGGGAAACUCUUCAACCAAUGCAAAAUAUGUCAGAGAGUACUUUGUGCAACAUGUUAAUUAUACAAACCAUGCGCUUGACUGGCAAAACAAUGUCAUUUGUCAGUAG